CGCGCACACCCGCGCUUGUCACCUUUAUUUUUGGAAGCGGCUGCUGUCACACAGAGAGCUACAGCUACGGUGGGAAUCGACGCUGUUGCAAGUCACAGACGGUGGUGCUCAGCUGUGCUGGCGUAUUCGGACGUGCGUGCUCGUGUGCGUAUGUACGCGCCCGUCCCUCCGACGAUCGACGACGAGCGAUGUCGACGCGAACGACGAUGACGACGACGAUGUUCGGGACGAGGACCGGCACGACGUCGCUGACGAACGGCAACGGCAGCCUCGCCGAGACCCAAAAAGCGACACCGGCGAGAUUCUGGUCGAAGAUCCGCAUGACCGAGUGGACGUUCAGUCUGUCGCUCCUCGCUCUCUCGCUCGCCAUCGUCCUGGGCAAGUUAUACGUGAACUAUGGAAGGCCUUUAUCAUGGCAAAUCGGCAAUCGAUACUCGCCAAUGUUCAGUCAAAUGUACGAAACGAUACCUAGUAUAUCCAUGUUAUCAAAAUUUGACAUGGAUAACGAAGGGCUCUUGAGUGCCAGUAAUCAGUAUGCGGGAGCAACCGUCAAUGGAUUGAUUACGUUUCAUGGAAAAUACGGAUGGCUAUUGAGGGCGAUGAUAAGUGGACUUGCGCUAACAAGUUUUAGUUGGUUCAUCGUUUAUAAAGACAGCAGGAUACCCGGUGUCAAUCCACCAUUCCCCUUCAGCCCUUCCAGGCAAAGGAUAGGCGAGAGAUCAGGGAUCCACAUGAAUUAUCUAGUCGGUAUACUAAAUGGGAUAUUUUGUUUCAUCUACAUGUGCCUUUAACUAAACGAAAACGGCAUCGGGCAUUCGAAAGAUGGUUCUAUUUUCCAGUCUGCUAAUAUAGUAUUAUUUAUUGCAUCUAUUUAUGUGUUGUCAAUAACACUGCGUUUAUUUAUGAGUGGCUCUCAUAUGCGAUAUAUUAGAAAGGAUAACGAUAGAGAGUCUUUAUAUUUUGUAGCUCUUUUUUUGAUUAACAUAUUGCGAUAUUAUGCAACGCUUUUGACAAAUAGCUUUGUCUUCAAGCGAAUCAAAUACGUGGAAGCAAAUUUUCCAUGAUGCAAGUUAUGACGAGGUAUUUCCUUAUUAUUAAAGAGAGUCCUACUUCUAUGUAUUCUAAUAGUUGCUAUUACUAACGGCACUAAAAAAUAUUUAAGUAGUUACGCGUCGAC